AGAAACAGAAUCGAUAAUAAGUGAUCACGAACAAUCUAUCAACAAGGAUGAAAGUAAACAUUCUACUAACAAGGAUGAAAGUAUUAGUAUUUCUUCAGAAACAGAAUUAAAUAAACACGAACAUUCUACUUCCGAAAAGAAUAAAAGUAGUGGUAUUUUUCGAGAAACAGAACCAAUAAUAAGUAAAUAUGAACAUUGUGUUUUUAAUGAUGGAAUUGUUACUGAUUAUGCAUCAGUCAAACAAAACAAUGAUUGGGUCAAACAAAAUCUUGGGUUCUCAUUUGGAUUUCAUCAAGUUGAUGUAUGGUGAUAGAUCUAUCGCUGAUUGCACAACAUUGCAUAUCAUCUGGGAGUGUAAACAAUUGUAAAUUGGUGUGGCUAAUUUGUAUAAUUGAAUCAGGUAAAUAUUCUGUCCAGUUCCAUCUGUUUAGGUUUGGAAUAAAUUUUUUAUAAAAUUCAUCUGUAUGCAGGAACAGGGGACCGCGGUUAUUGGUUAUUUCGAAAUCGAAUGAGGGCAUUAUUAUCUUAUUUGCUAUAACAAACAUUCAUUGACACACACACACACACACCAAACUUUUAUCAAAAUAAUGGACGAAGCCGGUCGGUAUGAUCAUCACUUAUCUGCAAUUGGAUCGUUAUCGUUGGAAAAUGGAGUGACACAAAAUGAAGUAAUCAAUAAUAAUUGUAGUGCAGCAGAAAGAUUAAGUCGUGCAGCGUUUGUACGUGAAUUUGAUCGACGUGAAACAUUCAAGUACUUGACCAAUAGUUAUUCUUCAGAUUUGUGCGAUAAAUUAGCAUUAAAUGGUUUUUAUUAUGAUCAUACUGUGAAAAAAAUUAAAUGCUUUGCGUGUAGUUUAACACUAUCAGAAUGGAAUCCAGACGAUGAUCCAUUAUACAAACAUCAAUCACGAUAUAUUUGUCCGUUGUACACGGACUGGAAAAGUCUUCCAUCAGGCUCAUUACUCAAUAUUCCCAUUGAUAAUAACGUUUUUCAGCGGCUUGUUUCAAAUGUACGAAUUGAUGCUCCAGAAUACUCUUCACAAAUGAAACGUUUAAGUUCAUUCGGAAAUUGGCCAUCUGCACUCAAACAAACUCCACAUGAUAUGGCAGAAGGGUUUUUUUAUACUAAUGUUGGUGAUCGAGUGAUAUGCUUUCAUUGUGGCAUUGGUUUGAGACAAUGGCAACCACAAGAUUUACCUCACAUAGAACACAUUACUAAUUCACCGUUGUGUCAUUACGCUCAGCAAAUUGACCAGAAAAAAAAAUAUUUUGAAAUGCAUGUCACUGCCGGUCUUCCAAUAUUCUUAAUGUAACACACUUAUAUAGAACGAAUGUUGGGGAAUUUUCGCAUGGUAUUUUUUCGUUGAUA